CAAAAUUAAAAGUGACUAAACAGAAGCAACUAAUCUAAAGUGAAAGAGAAGUAUUUAUUUUGAAACACCGGAAGUAAAGAAGAUUCUGCAACAGUGCCACAAAGGCAAAUCCAGGAGGAUGGCUGCAUUUCACAUGAAACCCGCCCUGCGCCACAGUGUGCCAGAAUGGGGUACCAACAACCAGCAGCUGUCUGCUACAGCACAACAUGAGAGACACAUUUCAAAUAUGGUCCAGCAGGAAGGGAGAGCUCUGCGCAAUGACACCAGUUGUAAGACAAUUUGGGAUGAGAAUGAAACCUCUUGCAGGUUGAGUGAUCGUAUCUGGGAUGUCGCCCGGUGGAAAGAAGCAUUAGAAGCCUGCGCUCAGAAACUGGAUGAAGAGAUGGAAGCUUUGACUUUGUGCAAAGAGCAGACUGAGCAGGCCCUGGCUGCAACCGCUCUUCCUCUGGAAGUCAGCGUGGAAUGCCUGACGUUGCGUGAGGGACGGAGCGGGUAUGAACUUGUGCAGGACCCCGUUGAAGAGCAGCUGAAAAAAGAUGUGACCUUGAUUGAAGCAUUGCAACAAAUUCUGCAACAAAACAUACACAAGGCCUUUGAGCAGCUUUGUGUUUUGCAGGAGGCACGUCACCAACUGACCUCUGACCUCCAGAACAAGAUGGAGGCAUUGGACAUUGACACGACCUGCCUGUCACUUACAAUAAAGUCUCCAGAGAUCUCCUUGAAGACUGAUCCCAAACGGAUACCCAAUAGUUCAUCCACCCCACAGACGUGGGUCGAGUUCAGCCAAUUUAAUGUGGCUCAUGCUCAAGAGGCCAUGCAGGUGUCCCAGCACAUGAGGGAGGACAUGAAUCUCACCAGAGCUCAGCUGCAGAAUGACCUGGAGAGUCAGUGUAAAGCCACUGAUUUUGCCCUUCGGAAGCGUUUUCACGAUGAGGAGCAGGCUCGCGAUGAGUUGGAGUGGCAAAUUAAAAAUACUGAAGAUGAAAUGGCUGAGAUGCAGAACGACAUCCGGCGAUUGGAUGAGGAUUUACAUGCGAAGACAGCGUUUAUGAAGCUGGCUCACACGCGAUUGGAGAACAGGACAAACAGAUCUGGCAUGGAUCUGUGCAGAGAUGAGGUUCAGUACGGCCUCAUUAAUGAAGUUAAUCAACUGGAGGCCACAAUCUUGGCUCUAAAAAAGAAGCUUUCUGAAGCUCAACACUCCCUGCAGAAGAUGCAGCUUCAUCACAGCCACAUGUUGCAGGAUCUUUCCAGAAAACAGGAAUCUCUGUCUCUGGAACAGCGAAGCAUGAAUACCCGCGGCCGCCUCACAUCGACCUCCUACACGGACAAAAUCCCAGUACCGCUGAUCCCACUCACAAACUCUAGUGGGAGAAGCAACCUGCAGCUGCUGGCUCAGUAA